AUGUCAAAGGGAGAGCAGCAAGUCCUGGUAGCUAUUAAAGAACUUGAGUCGAUCCUGGAGUCCUGCAAGAUUGAACUGACACCACUAAAUGAGGUCUGGCCUAAUCUCUACAUCGGAAAUAUGUACGUUUGUGUGUGUUUAUUUUUACACAUUCCCUUACCCCUACCACUGGGUUGGAUGGGUUUUGGAUGGGUUUUUAGAAAUACGGUAAUAGUGAUAAUACUUGCCCUCUGAUAGACUAGAUUAAAUCCUUUUGGUUGUAAAGAAGUAUGAGUAAGAGAUAAAAGGUAGAGGGUAGGGGUCAGGGGUCAGGGGCGGGAGGUUAGGUUCCUAUAGUGGACUCUAUUGCCCUAUUGAACACUACCGAAUAUGGAAUUACUGAACAUUGCGCUUUAAAACUACAGCAUUAAUUUAUUGCCUAAAUGUUGUCCAUAUUAUUCCAGGCUGUUCACUGAUUAUUCAGUUCUCUGCAGGUUAUUUCUGUUCAAACAAUUGUGCAAUCUCACAUUUCACAUUUCUCCCCCCAUCUCUGUUAUCCUCUGUCUUUGUCACAAUCGUCAAACACAGUGGACCAAGGCGCAGCGUGAUAUGCGAACAUACUUUUAUUUAUAUUCACCCACACGAACAAAACAACAAACGAUACGUGAAGUCCUUGGUUUACAACACAAAACAAGAUCCCACAAAACACUGUGGAAAACAGGCUGCCUAAGUAUGGUUCCCAAUCAGAGACAACAAGCAACAGCUGACACUCGUUGCCUCUGAUUGAGAACCACCCCGGCCAACACAGAAACACAUGAGCUAGAUAAAGAACCUAGAACACAAACACAUAUAAACUACACACCCUGGCUCAACAUAACAGAGUCCCAGAGCCAGGGUGUGACAGUACCCCCCCCCCAAAGGCGCGGACUGCGACCGCGCCAAACAUAAACCGAACAGGGGAGGGCCGGGUGGGCAUUCCUCCUCGGAGACUGUUCCGGCUCCGGGCUUGACCACCACCCUCCAACAAUCCCCCCGUAGCGCCCCUGGUCCGGUCUGGCCCCGCUGGCUGGAGCUGGACUGGACAUCGGUGGAGCGGAUUGCUUAGGCUCCGACGUGGAGCAGCUGACCGGUACCUGACCAGGCACCGGUGACCCAGGCACGGGCUGUGCCGGACUGACGACGCGCACCACAGGCUUGGUGCGGAGAGCAGGAACGGGCCGGACCAGGCUGACGACGCGCACCCCUGGCUUGGUGCGGGGAGCAGGAACGGGCCAGACCGGGCUGACGAUGCGCACCACAGGCUUGGUGCGGGGAGCAGGACUGAGCCGGACCGGGCUGUCGACGCGCACCCCUGGCUUGGUGCGGGGAGCAGGAACGGGCCGGACCGGGCUGACGAUGCGCACCACAGGCUUGGUGCGGGGAGCAGGACUGAGGCGGACCGGGCUGACGACGCACACCACAGGCUUGGUGCGGGGAGCAGGACUGAGCCGGACCGGGCUGGCGACGCGCACCAUUGGCUUGGUGCGGGGAGCAGGAACAGGCCGGACCGGGCUGGCGCCACACACCAUAGGCUUGGUGCGGGGAGCAGGAACGGGCCGGACCAGGCUGACGAUGCGCACCACAGGCUUGGUGCGGGGAGCAGGAACGGGCCGGACCGGGCUGACGAUGCGCACCACAGGCUUGGUGCGGGGGGCAGGAACAGGCCGGACCGGGCUGGCGACGCGCAUCACAGGCUUGGUGCGAGGGACAGGAACAGGCCGGACCGCACUGGGAACACACACCACUGGCCUUACCCGGGGAUCAGGAACGGGCCGGACCGGACUGGCAACACACCUCAGUACCUCUCGCCGUGCCUCUACAUUUUCCUUCCCUCUACUCGCCAAUGGCUCCCGUAACCCGGUGGCCUUCUCUCCUCGUCCACUAACUCGCCCCUUAUCUGCCUCCAGCAGCCCCAUCGUCCACGGUGUGAGCCCCCCCCUAAAAAUGUCUUGGGCUUGUCUCUCCCCCGUGGAUAUGGCCUCCAUGGCUCUCGCCAGACUCUCCAUCCUCUGCUCCCAAGUCCAACCUAUCUCCUCCUCACGCUGCUUGACCCAGUCGAGGUGGACAUCCGCUAAAGUUACCUCCGGCAUGUACUCCUGGACACGCUGCUUGGUCCAGUAUUGGUGGGAUCUUCUGUCACGAUCGUCAAACACAGUGGACCAAGGCGCAGUGUGAUAUGCGAACAUACUUUUAUUUAUAUUCACCCACACGAACAAAACAACAAACGAUACGUGAAGUCCUUGGUUUACAACACGGAACAAGAUCCCACAAAACACUGUGGAAAACAGGCUGCCUAAGUAUGGUUCCCAAUCAGAGACAACAAGCAACAGCUGACACUCGUUGCCUCUGAUUGAGAACCACCCCGGCCAACACAGAAACACAUGAGCUAGAUAAAGAACCUAGAACACAAACACAUAGAAACUACACACCCUGGCUCAACAUAACAGAGUCCCAGAGCCAGGGCGUGACAGUCUUUCCCUUAUGGCCAUAGGCCAGAACAGAGUAGGGCUGGGACGAUACCAGUAUCGCGAUACUCGUUGAUAUCGUGGCAAGGAAACGAAACACGAAGCAGAUUUAACUUCUUUAGGAAAACAGCCCUAAUGUUGGAAAAAAAUAUAAUUAUGUUGUCAUCCAGAGUCACGUUUAUUUAUUUUCCAAGCUAUAGCACACAAUAUUUUGCAUACAGCAGGUUUUUAAAGGACCAAAUAGUGAAUUCUGCUUUGUGUUUUCAUUUUUGCCAUGGAAAAAAGGUGCGCUAGAACAGAGGUGCAUUAAAGAAGCUUGGUAUCACACACGUCCUGAACGCAGCUCACUCCAAGCAGGGCAGCUUUGGUGACCAGGAUUACUAUGAAAACACCUGUGUACUAUGGCUUCCCUGCAGAAGACCUUUCCCAUUUUGACCUCAGCCAGUACUUUAAAGCUGCAGCUGACUUCAUACAUAAGGCCCUGAAGACUAAAGAUGGUAAGGGCAGUUUAAUGCAUGUGUUGACUGUAUGUGUUUGUAUUUACUGUAUAUGUUUACUUUGUUUAUGUACUGUAUGUGUUUAUGUACUGUGUUUACAUUACUGAAUAUGUUUACUUCUUUACGGUUUAUUUAAGACUGUCCUUGGAGACAGUUGAGUUCCUUCAUCAAACUCUGCCUUUCCCUUCAUUCCCUCCCUCUCUCUCUAUCCUCUCCAGGGUAGGUGUUGGUGCAUUGCAUCAUGGGUAUAAGUUGUUCGGCCACGCUGGUGCUGGCGUUCCACACUGGUGUUGUUGUCUCCUGCUCCGCAACACGCUCAAACAUGUGAGCCAACGACGAGCCAUCUACUCCAACAGACACUUCCUGUCACUACUGCUCACCCCUCAACACACAGCUCACACGCAAGAGAAGGACUGUCUUCUUUGACAGUCCUUCUCUCAUCCCUCUCUCCUCUCAUCCCUCUCUCCUCUCACCUUAUCCCUCUCUCCUCUUAUCCAUCUAUCCAUCUUGCACACAAUCCUUUGUAAAUACUGAUUGAAAAUAUGUAGUUGUAGGACUUUAAAAUAGGCACAAUCUGGUCCUAAAUCACAGCAUGUUAUAAAUACUGUACUGAAUAUUAUCAUGUCAUGCAGUAUUCCCUGGAGAGAAUGUCAAUGCUCACUGUCAUGUAAAAUCUAAAAUAUUAAAAUAAUUUGAACUUUUCAACAUUCCUGUGCUAGCCAGUGGAGAUAGUUGAGCCUGCUGUGAGUUGUGCAGCUGAGCAUUGUCUCCUGGGAACCUAUCAGUUGAAACAUUAAUAAUAAGAUUACACAAUUAAAAAGGUGAUUGUUUUUUCAGAUUGGUGUCUAUUAUAUUACUUUCAGACGUCUACUACCACUAUAUUAGGAACUAUAAAUCCUCUACAUUAUGAAUAGUGUUAGCUGUCCAGUAAAUUCUGGAGGAUGCUUUCGUCACUGGUGAGGAGGUAUAGAAUUACUGAAGGUUAAAAAUGGAAACAAACUGCAGGUGUGUGUGUGUGUGUGUGUGCGUGUGUGUGUGUGUGUGAAGAGGAGCAGACACGGCAAAAGGAGGGACUGUGCUGCCUGUUAAAGGUAAGUUGACUUGGAUCAGAUGGGGAAGAGGUUUUGUUUGAGAUUGUUGACCUGACCAGACUGUUUUCUGCUCUGCUUAGGUUUAGCUGUCACUGUAACACACACCUCCUCUCCAGACUGUGUCAGUAUGUCUCUAAAGGAGCGGUGCUAUGAACCUCCAUCUGUCUCUAAGCUGCUGGAGUUCCUGUUAGCCGACCGACGGCCCACCAGCCACCUCAACCAAGUCUGGCCCAAACUCUACAUAGGCAACCAGUAGAUACACACACACACACACACACACACACACACACACACACACACACACACACACAAAUCUACAUGAGUGGACUUUCCUGGCUGAAUUAAUUAAUUAAUAAUUUAUACUAAUAAUUAAUAAUAAAUAUUUGUGGCUUGUGGCAGUGUUUAUGUAUAUAUUUGUCUUUGUAUUUCAGGGAGACAGCUCCUGACAAGGCCAUUCUGCACAGCCUGGGGAUCACACAUAUAGUGAACGCUGCCCACGGCCCCCCAAUCCCCAGCCCAGGACCCUGUUUCCAUGUCGACACUGGCCCACAUUUCUAUAGAGACAUGUCUGUGGAUUAUUAUGGGGUGGAGGCUGAGGAUGCUACAGAGUUUGUUCUGAGUCCAUUGUUCUACCCUAUGGCCCAUUACAUCAGAGCUGCCCUGGCCAAGGGAGGUGAGACACAGAGAGGUGUAGUGGGUUGGGUACAGUAAAACAGGCCUAACAGCGUAUAGGAAGGUAUUUUUGCGGAGUUCAGUGCUGUUUUGCAGACAUAAAGUGUCUCCCUCCAUGUGUCCUGUAGGGAGGGUGUUUGUUCACUGUCUGAUCGGUGUGAGUCGGUCAGCGGCACUGGUUCUGGCCUUCCUGAUGAUCGUUGAGGGUCUGACGCUGCAGGAGGCUGUGGCUGCAGUCAGGCCACAGAGAAACAUCUGCCCCAACACCGGCUUCCUCCUGCAGCUGGACCUCAGCUUGGCCAAGGAGAGGACCAGAUGA